UCAAUAAUUAAGUGGAUUGAUAAUGUCGCGUUAAUAACACUUUCAAGGUUAUGUUUAAAUUGCAUGUAAAUACUUGGGAAAAUGUCAAAAUGAUAAUGAUAAAACAUGUAAAGUCGGACGGUUUUUUUGAAAUAUACUUACGCUGGCCUCGGGAACGCUGAACAUUUUAUACGUUACUAUUAUUAUCUUUUUCUGCAAAAACGAACCAUGACUGUAAAAAAAAACAUGAAUUUCAGCUGUCGGAUAGUUCUGAACCCGAUGAAAUGAUGACUGAUCAGAACUCGGCGGUACUUGAAGUGUCUGUCGAAGAAAAAGGCGUUACUCCAAUGCCUCAGACUCUUCUAAAUGAUACUUCUACGUUAGUGUCAUUUCCAACAAACACCAAUGACUUUCAACUCAAAUUAGACUUUCGACGUGAUAUUCAAGUACGGGUUGACAAUCCACAAAAGAUUGUUGAACCGCUGGAGACUUACAUCACAUAUAGAGUAUCUACUAAGGCGGAUAGAACAGAUUAUCCACACAAAGAGUAUGUUAUUCGCCGACGUUACAAUGAUUUUGUUUGGCUGAGACAAAACAUUGCUGUUGAAUAUCCUGAUCGUAUAGUGCCUCCUUUACCAGCAAAACACACAAUUCUUGGUCAAUUGGACAGGUAUUCAAAAGAAUUUGUCACAUGCCGUAUGAUAUUGUUGGAACGUUUUUUGACACGUUUAGUUUGUCAUCCUAUUCUCACAGAAGAUAAACACCUAAGAGUUUUUUUAACCGCAAACGCUACCGAGUUUACUACAUACAAAAAACGUGGAACAGGACUACUUAGACGUAUGUCAAACAGUCUGAAUACAAUUUCUGUGUCAUAUAAUUCAAGACAGGUAGAUUUUGAGUUUGAUCCCAUAAGGAAUCAUCUGCAUGGCCUAUCUGAGAAGUUGACCAUGUUAGAAAAAGUAGCUCAGAGAAUCCACAAAGAAAGAAAAGAAUUAUGUGUGGAAUCUCACCAACUAGGAGCAGCAUUCAUUGAAUGGUCUUCUAAUGAACAAUCUAUCUCUGUAGCACUAUCCCGUAUUGGCCAUACUAUCACAGCCAAUAGUUCUGCUUUACGUCAUAAUUUAAUAUCAAAUUUUAUAAGUGACUGGGCACAGCCACUGAAGGAUUAUGUUAGCUAUAUAGAAUGUGUCCGAGAAACGUUGGGUAAAAGAGAUGCACUACAAAUACAGUAUGAACAGUCUCUUAUGGAUUUAGAGAAGAAGAAGGCUGACAAAGAUAGGGUAACUAACGAUGAAAAACCAUUAAUGUCAUUCUGGUCAAAAUCAGAAAUAGAUAAAGAAGAAAAAAUAGAAAAGAUGAGUCAAGUUAUCCCUAAAUUAGUAUCAGCUGUUGAAGCUAAUCAGGAACGAUUGGAUGUUUGUAGCGAUGUAUUUAGGCAAGAGUAUGGUUUAUGGAAGUGCCAAAAAAAAGCUGAUUUCAAAAGCAUGCUGACUGCCUUAGCCGAAAGUCAUAUACAGUAUUAUCAACAUUGUGCUGCAUCUUGGGAUUUAGUCUUCAAACGCAUGACAUCGGAAUAAAAUACUGAGCUUAAUCUUUUAGUAAACCACAAAAAGAAAACAUAGACAAGGUAUUUUUUCUUAUUUUGUGAUAAAAUUGAUUAAAUAUUAACCCCAGAAAAAAAAAAUUAUAUUAUUAUUGGUCCAAUGUAAAAAUUUCAAUGUAACUAGGAAGUAAAAUAUAAUAUAUUGUUUUGUUGUUUUAUUA